AUGGCCUGGGACCUGAACCGUCCGCCCCGCAUCUCCCUGCACCCUAUGAGCUUAGUCAGGGCUCCGGAAGUUGCCCUCGAGAUCAGCCGCAGGGCAGUUGAAGAUCAACUAAAGAUAUGUGGCUUCAAGAGGGAUGCUGAUGUCUUUGAGCUGUUCCUUUCUCAAAAGGAUCUGACAGAGGUCAUCGAUCUAUCUAGGUUUAAAAAAUUAAAAUACUUAUGGCUACAGCACAACAAGCUCCAGGGAAUAACGUUUUUAACUAGAAACUAUUGUCUGGUAGAGCUGUAUCUGAACAACAAUGCCAUAUUUGACAUAGGAGGCCUGCACUCUCUGCCUUCAUUGUACUUACUUCUGCUACACCACAAUGAGCUAACAAACAUUGACGCCACAGUGAAGGAACUAAAGGGGAUGCCAAAUCUGAAGAUCCUAACUCUCCACCAAAACCCUUUGUGCCAAUACAACCUGUACCGUCUAUAUAUAAUCUGCCACCUUCCAGAAGUAGAAUUUCUUGACCGAAAACAAGUUACAGAAGAUGAAAGAAGAGCAAUGAUUACUGUUUUUCACCAUGAAAAAACUCAUAUUAUUCAAUCAAUAGCAUUCAGAGGAAGAGUAGAUGCCUCGUGGAAUCCUAGAGCACCAUUUAAGCAAAAACCAGCCCGGAGAGUACCUCCAGAUUUUGCAUUUGCGAAUAAUGUAGACAAAACUGUGUUCGAUGACCCAGAAGAUGCUGUGUUGGUAAGGUCCAUGAAGAGGUCCGCUAUGGCUAUUACCUCCCUGAACUGGGACACAGUUCCAACACGAGAGGAAAAAUACCUUGACGAGAAAGGCAGAGAACCUGCUCAAAUGCUCACAGUUACACUAAGAUAA